ACAGACUAGAGCCGCGUCAUGCGAAGUCCUCGGACAAGCUUCUCUCUUUUAGUUCCCAGAAAUAUCCUGUUCAGGCUCCAGUCAUUUUAACGUGUAUGGACGAGUCAUGUUGGUUAAAGGGCACCGUGAGUAAAUAAAAACUUGUAUUUACUACUGGUAUGAGUACAUGGAGAUCGCCUUCCAGACCGAUUUACUAGCGCGACAAUGGUGCUGUUUUUAUUCUUCGUUGUUUUUCUAGCAGAUACCGUUGAAGGUGUGAGAUCCCCUGAGAGGCCAGUUGUUCCAAAUGUCACAGCUAUUAGCUCAACUGAAGUGCGCAUCACAUGGUGUCGAGUGAACUCCAACAAAGUUGAAAUAGAUCAUUAUGAGCUGUUCAUUGACAGCCAGCUGGAGUACUCUGGGUUAGAUGUAAUGUACAUGGCUAAACGAUUAAAGCCCUGGUCAUGGUAUGAGGUCAAGUUGAGAGCAUGCGGCUUCUCUCCUGGUUCAUGCUCUCCUUUCUCAAUUCCAGCGUUAGUGAAGACGUUAAGAGACAGGGACAACAGUACAGUAAUACAGUCAGGUGUUACAUUGUUCAAAGUCAUCUUUGUCCCUACAUACAUGUUCAUCUUAGGAGUAAUGGCAGGAGUGUUGGCCCUUUCAUUAAUUCUGGCAUGGAGAUACCUUCAGAGUGUUGAUUUGUCAGGAGGAUCAGCAUUUGAGCUGCCACAUUUCCAUAAAAUUCCAAACAAGGAUGACUAUGAAACCUUCAUUAGACAAAAUCUUCCAGACAAAAAGAACAACCCUCAGGAGAGCUUGGAAAACACUAUUUAUUUGACAAGGGGUUGUCACAUUGAUGAUGAAGGAUCUCAUUACCUUGAAGUAUCCAGUGCUGGCAGGGCUGAUGCACAAAGUUGUUUUGUCACACCUUUUACUGCAACUUGUAACACUCAACCAUCAGGUCUGUAUUUCAUGGGGGCUGCACAGGAGAACCAGGUUCCCAAUCAAGAUUUCACAGUUAAGUUACACAGCCACCAGCUUGAAUACUACAAAUGCAGCAGUGAAGUGAAUUCCAAAGAUGAAAAAUAUACUCAGAUUGAAAAUCAUACCAAUGAAUUAUGUGAAAAACUGCCACAGAUUUGCAAGAAUAAUGGGGAAGUUAAAGACCGCGAAAGAACUAAAAGUUUACCAGAUGUCAAAGAUACUUUAGUUCCAUCUACUUCAACAAAGAAAGCUCAGUCACUUGAAAAUUUGGAUGCCUCCCUUAGCGGCAACAUUUCCCAUUCACCUUUACUGACACAUUCAUCUCCAUCAAGUGUACAAUCUCAAUUUGAUGAACAAAAAGCUACAGCAGAAGUUACAAGGAACUCUGGUUUACAACCUCAUUACGGACUGGUUGUAGCGAUAGACAAUAGUAAUAUUUACAUUGGUGCUCAGGAAUGUGCGAGCAUGGUGAAUCCAGGAGAUCGCAAGAGACAUGUACGAGUCAAGCUACAGAAUCUUGUGAGAAUUCUUGAAAAAGAUAGAACUAAAACAAGAGGCUUUGCUUGUGGAUCCAGCCCACCUGCAACAGAACAUGUUUGGGAAGUUUACAGGCGCAUGGGAUAUAUUGUUGAUCUUGAGGAGAGAAGAGGAAAAGAUGAGCAAAGAGUAGAUGAAGGACUUCACUUGUGGAUCUACAAGGCCCUUUGUGAGCUGACUCCAGGGAUACUGGUAUUAGCUACAGGAGAUGGAAUGAAAGGCAAGUCAGAGUGUGACACCAGUUUCCCCAGAUGUGCCAUCACUGCUCUAGAGAGGGGAUGGAGUGUUGAGGUGUUCUCAUGGAAACACAGCAUGAGUAGCGAGUGGAUUAAACUGGCAAAAAAGUACCCUGAGGCACUGACAAUCAACUACUUAGACAAACAUGUCAAUUACAUCACAUUUGUGGAUGGAAAAUAUGGAAGGAAAUGUUUGCCUCUUCCAGCAUCAGAUGCAUAAUGUCUGCAUUAAGAGGAAGCAGAGGAAGAAGAAGGCAAACUUAAAGAGAGCUAAUUUACAUGGUAAAAAUAGAAAGUAUAAUCUUGCAGCUAAGGGCAGAACUAAAUACUGGCCACAUGUCUCUCAUAGAGCUAAGACUAAGAGCUUGUUAGACAGCAAAAUCACAAAUAACAACAUUUGUUACUCCAAAUAAAUAUUGUAGGUGUUAACUUUUCUUCCCCCUUCCUUGAAUUACUGUCACACCCACUCUGUAAUAGUGAGAUGCAUUUAUAGAAUUGUGAUUUAAAAUACUGAUAGUAAAAUCCCAACUUAGACAAAGUGCCUGCAUGU